AUGGGGAUGAACAACCAGCUAAUGGGUAUGACUACGAAAUCUCAAAUGGUUGUUCAUGAGUGCGAGGUCACGACAAUUCUCAUCUUAUAUGGACUUCCUAGGUUACUAACUGGAUACAUCUUGGCUCACGAGAUGACGCAUGCUUAUCUUAGACUCAAUGGACAUAGGAUUGUUAGCAAUGUUUUAGAAGAAGGAAUAUGCCAAGUGCUAGGCCACAUGUGGUUGGACUCACAGAGAUACUCCACUACUGAUGCUACUGAAGCAGCAGAUUCUUCUUCCCGGACUCUUCCAGCUGCUGCUAAUGAAUCAAAGAAAGGUAAGUACUCUGAUUUCGAGAAGAAGUUGGUGGAGUUUUGCAAGAACCAGAUAGAAACAGAUGAUUCACCAGUCUACGGUGUAGGGUUCAAAAGAGUUAACCAGAUGGUCACAAACUCCAGCCUCCAGGAAACCCUCAAAGAGAUUAUUCGUCGGGGUUGA